CUUCUUCCUCUCAUUCAUAUUAUUUUUCUUAUUAGAUGACAUAUAUGUUCAAGAAUCAUGUCACUCAAUUCAGAUUCUGAUUCUAGUAAUAGUCAUAAAAAUGUAACCCUAAAAUCGCUUUCUUCACAGCCAAGUCUCCAGUCACUUCCUUCCCUCACCACUUCCAACCACCACUACUUCCUUUCCGCCGCCACCCGCCACCACUGCCUCGCCACCCUCAAGGGCCACACCACUUACAUCUCUUCUCUAACCCUAGCCGGAAAGUUCCUCUACAGUGGCUCCUCCGACAAGGAAAUCCGGUCUUGGAACCGAAAUCCUUUAGACUCCUCAGAAAUACUCACCGUUGUAGCUGUGGGGAAAGGUGCAGUGAAAUCCUUAGUAGUUUCAGCUGAUAAAUUAUUUAGUGCUCAUCAAGAUCACAAAAUCCGAGUCUGGAAGAUUACUAAUAGCAACGAUCAAGAAAAAUACACCCAUUUAGCUACACUUCCUACACUCGGUGACCGUGCUUUCAAGAUUUUACUACCGAAGAAUCAAAUUCAGAUCAGAAGGCAUAAAACAUGCACAUGGGUUCAUCAUGUCGAUACGGUAUCAGCAAUCGCCCUGUCGAGCGAUAAAUCUCUUCUCUACUCCGUUUCGUGGGAUCGAACACUCAAGAUUUGGAGAACGAGCGACUUCAAAUGCUUGGAGUCCGUAACAAACGCACACGAUGAUGCUAUAAACGCGAUAGCAGUAUCAAACGACGGAGAAGUAGUUUAUACAGGCUCAGCUGACCGGAAAAUAAAAAUGUGGAGAAAAUUAGACGAUCAGAAUAAGAAUAAGAAUAAACAUUGUCUGGUGGCUACAUUGGAAAAACACAAGUCGGGAAUCAAUGCGCUAGCGCUAAGUAGCGACGGGGGAAUAUUAUAUUCGGGGGCUUCUGACAGAUCGAUAGUGGUGUGGCAGAAGGACGACGAUGGCGUCGGGGGAGGCGGUAUGGUGGCUGUGGGGGCUCUUAGAGGGCAUACAGAGUCAAUACUGAGUCUAGUGGUUGUGUGUGAUUUGGUGUGUAGUGGCUCUGCGGACAAAAGUAUAAGAGUGUGGAAAUGUGUUGAUGAUAGGAACAGAAAUUACUGUUGUUUAGCAGUUUUGGAAGGGCAUAAAGGGCCUGUGAAGUGCUUAACAGCAACAUUUGACUGUCGGAAUGAAUCUGAAAACUGUUACCUAAUUUACAGUGGGAGUUUAGAUUGUGAUAUUAAGGUUUGGCAAGUUCAUGUCCCUAUAGAGGCAUAGAUCAUAUCUAGCAGAGACUUUUGUUCUUCAAGUAGUAGGCCAAUUUAUAAAUAUAAGUUUGUACAUAUAUGAUUGAGAUUUUGAGAUGACACUCUUUUGGGAUA